AUGUCGAAUGAGUCGAUGCUAUUAGCGAGCUCGACACUCAAUAGUUCAGUGCUCAAUAGUUCAAUAGGUGCAGUGAAUUUGCGGCUUCCAAAAAUCGAAUUGCCUACGUUCGAUGGCGAUUCCACCAAGUGGUUAACGUUCCGUGACCGAUUUGUGGCGAUGAUCGACAGUGCCAGUGAGAUACCGAACAUAAUGAAGCUGCAAUAUCUGCUGUCCUCGUUGAAGGGCGAGGUUGAUUCAUCACCUGCCGCAGUGAGCUGUGACAACGUGGACGAUUUGGCGCUGCUCGUCGAUGAAUUCACGCGGCAUGUGAACGGUCUGAAGAAGCUCGACGAACCGGUGGACACCUGGGACAUGCCACUCGCCAACCUGCUUCUGAUGAAGCUGGAUUCGUCGACCAUUCUGGCAUGGGAGAACCACUCAGCGCAACAUAAAAAAGAUAAGUACAAGGAAUUAGUACACUUUUUGCAAGAUCGUCACGAGCACUAUUAUUCCGGAUCAAUGUGCAACUUUAUCUCCGAAUCUAUGGCCCAUCGACUGUUGACACCGCUUCCCAAAGUAAGCAUUGCUGUAUCGGGUAUAGGGCAAAUCAAACAGCACGUGAAGGGUUCCAUCACAGCGACCGUUCGAUCGCUAGGAGAAGACUUUCAUUCGUCAAUGGAAUUUCUAGUGCUCAAGACUCCGUCGGCUGAAAUUCCAACAAUUCCCUUAAAUAUUGCGAAAUGGAACAUCCCGAACGUACAGUUGGCAGACUCGUCUUUCCACGUUCCGGGAAAGGUCGAUGUUGUAAUCGGUGGAAACACGUUCUGGAAGAUACACACAGGAAGGAAACAGUCACUGGGUAACGGAAGGCCAUGGCUGAUAGAAACUGCGUUUGGAUGGGCGGUCUCGGGGAAUACUUCCCAACUUGCUGGCUCCAAUCUACGAUUGUGUCACACGGCCGCCAACGAAGGUGCCAUCGAAAGCUUGCUCCAGCGGUUUUGGGAGGCUGAGAGUAUCAUGGAGAAUCCUGCCUUGUCAAUUGAGGAGGACAUGUGCGAAAAACAUUACGUAGCUACCACGAGCCGUAAUGCACAAGGUCGCUACAUUGUGUCCUUGCCGCGAAGCCCCAAACCAGAAAGAACGCUGGGUUUGUCAAGAGAGAUAGCAGAUCGUCGUUUACUGGGUGUAGAACGUCGACUGAAGGCCAAUCCUGAAAUGGAAAGGGAAUAUAUUAAAUUUAUGAGAGAGUAUGAGUCGUUGGGACACAUGGUCAAACUCACGGAACCCGUUGAUGACAACAAACCACAUUGCUACAUUCCACAUCACGCGGUAGUCAAAGAGACCAGUACAACAACCAAGGUGCGUGUUGUUUUUGAUGCAUCCUGCAAAACAACAUCUGGCUACUCGCUAAACGAUACUCUGCUGAUUGGUCCAACAGUGCAGGAUGAUCUGCUUACAAUCAUCCUACGCUUUCGAAAACACGCUGUCGCAAUAGUGGCAGACGUAGAGAAAAUGUACCGGCAGAUUCGUCAUUGUGAAAACGAUCUAAAUCUAUUGCGCAUACGCUUCUGUGAAUGUCCCUCCGAUCCCAUUUCCACGUAUGAGUUGCAAACGGUGACCUACGGUACCGCAACAGCACCAUUUCUAGCCACUCGAACGCUACAACAAAUUGCGCACGACCACAAACAACAAUACCCUUUGGCAGUCGACCCAGUGCUACAUGAUUUUUAUGUGGAUGAUUUGUUGACAGGAGCAGAUGAUGUAGUAGAGGCCGUUGGAAUGCGAACGCAAAUUUCGCAAAUGCUUGAAUCGGCAGGUUUCCUCUUGAAGAAGUGGGCAUCGAAUGUCUCCGAAGCGCUUGAAGGAGUUCCGAGCGACGAUCUAGCGAUCAAACCACUUCUACACUGGCAAGAAGAUCAAGCGAUUUCAACAUUGGGCUGGGUUUGGGAACCGUCUAACGACAUGCUACGAUUCAGAGUCGACCUUCCACCACCAGCUCGAGAGCUUACGCGAAGUUUGGUCUUGUCUUACACGGCCAGAAUCUUCGAUCCCCUAGGCCUACUAGGGCCAACGGUAAUACUUGCCAAAAUGUUUCUGCAGCGAUUAUGGGGGUUGAAGCAAGACGGUAAAACGCUAGAUUGGGAUCGAUCACUACCAAUUGACCUUCAAGAGGAAUGGAGAAAGCUGCACAAUACAUUGUACUCGCUACGCGAAUUAUGA